UCUGCAACUUCCUAUUUAAUUCUUUUUUUGGUCAAACAAAAAUUGAAAUCUAGCUGGAAAAAUUGCGUUUUGUUUUAGUUUUAUUCUGGUCUUAUAUUUUUUCAUAUACAAACAAAAAUCUAGUUUUAUUUUUUUCUUUUCAGAUUAUGUUUUCAAGUGAAACACCAGAGGUCAAACUCUGUUCCUGCCCUGUGACUUGCUGUUUAAAUCAUUACUUUUUUAAGUCAAACAAAAAUCAAAAUCCAGCCCAAUUGUUCUUUAUUUUUUUGUCUUUUUUGUGUGACACUGAACUGCCCCUCGCUCCUCUGUGUUUAUAAGAAUACUUAAUCAACGUCUGCUCAGCGUGCAGAUGUUGAAUAAGUGUGAUAAUGACGUGUCUGCGACUUUAACCUGACGUGAAGACAGAUCACUGUGCUAGUCUUGAGUUACUGAGAAACUGAAGCUGCUGGCUCUGGUUACUGUUCACAUCGCUGAGGACGUGACAACAACAGAGACGACGGGACAAGGUCCACUGGUGUUUAUCAGUUCUGUGGAAAGGAGCUGUGGACUGUGAGGGGGCGGGGCUCAGUGCAGAGGUGAAACAGGUGAGAUAUAAAAGCAGAGACGGAGAGCGGAUUAAACAAAGUGCAGCAGAUUAAAACAGCUGAUGAGCUUCGUUCAGCCGGAGGGAAAAUAUUCAGACGAGGACACAGAGGCUGAAUUCAAACGUCUGAGGAUGGAAACACUGCCGGCUCUCACCUGGACGACCUCGUCUUCACCUGAUACGAUGGAGCUGAUCGUCCACAGAGAGUAACCUUCGGUCUGAGCGGUUUCCUCCAGGUGAGCUGGACCUGUGAAACAAGGUCAUGUACGUCCUGUGCACCCUGGCGGUCCUGACCCUCCACAGCCUCCUCAAGAGCUGGAACAACAAGGCGCUGGAGUCCGGACGGAGGUCUGAGGGUGGAGGACAGAGAGACCGUCCUGAGGAUGGAGGCGUCCCUGAGGUGUGGGGGGCGUCCAGGUCUCAGCGUGGAGGAGAUGAUGCAGUGAAGGUGGAGCGGAGAGGAGCGAGGAGCUGCAGGGCUGAAGGGAAGAGGAGACAAGGAGGUGGCGGCGUGCGUAACGUCCCCGACAGCAGGAAGCGAGGGCAGCCGGUCCAGCGGUCCAGCGCUCUGCUCAGCCCGGCGGUCAUGUUCAGCACGAGAAAGACCUGGGACCUUAGCCACGCCCCCUGCCUGCAGGAGCUCUGGAAGAAAGAUAUCUCAUUGGACGCGAGCUCAGUGGACUUCCUGAUGAGUGAUGGUGAAGACGACGGCUCCUUCCUGUCUCUGCCCACAGCCGCCUUCUCACAGUGCCCCUCUCUGUCUGCAGAGCUGACCGAAACAAACACACCCAGCCAGCAGCUGCUCAUCCAGUCUGUGUUGUCCAUCAGGAACCUGCUGGGGGAGAAUCCCACCGACAAGCUGGACAUCAAGAUGAACCCUGACGGCAGCGGACAGCUCUACGUCCCCGGACUGACCGAGAUCACCGUCCAGAGCCCCGAGGACAUCAACAGGGUGUUUGAGUUGGGUCACAUGAACAGAGCGACAGCCUGCACCAACCUGAAUGAACACAGUUCUCGCUCCCACGCUCUGCUCAUCAUCACUGUGUCUGGAUUCAACACGGCCACUGGAAACCGCACACAAGGUAAGCUGAACCUGGUGGACCUGGCGGGCUCGGAAAGGAUCGGUAAGUCGGGGGCGGAGGGCAGUCGCCUCAGAGAAGCUCAGUGCAUCAACAAAUCUCUGUCAGCGCUCGGCGACGUCAUCAACGCGCUGCGGAGCAAACACUCCCACGUCCCGUUCAGGAACUCCCGCCUCACAUACCUGCUGCAGGACUCUCUGAACGGAGACAGCAAGACACUCAUGAUGGUGCAGGUGUCUCCACUGGCUGCUAACAUGAGCGAGUCGGUCUGCUCGCUGAAGUUCGCUCAGCGUGUUCGCAGCGUGGAGCUGAGCUCCUCGUCCUCGUCCUCCAGGAGACACGAGAACUCGUCCACCUCGUCCUCGCCCACCCACGACAGCGUCGAGCUGGACUCACCCCCGGUCACCCCCGUCCCUCUCCCCAUCUCUCGGGCCAGCAGCGCCGGCUCCACCCUCUCCUCCGCCUCCAGAACUCCCAGCAGCUCCCGCAGGAGGUCCCAGUCCCAGCUCUCCACAGACAGACAGGUAGACAGAGCCAGCCCAUUGGUGGGGGACGGUGGGCAGGACGAUUGAAGCUGACGGCCUGAGAGACAUGGAGGCGACGCUGCAGGGACGUCCGUCUCUGACUGCAGGGUGUCUGCCAACACUCUGAGACGUCUCCCUGCUGGACACGUUGUCUUUCCUGUCCUCGCCAGAUUAUUUAACCCCCUGAUGAAGGAGCAAAGACUGAUGGGAAUUUAACAGAUGAAUCUGAAAUCAAAGACUCUUGUCAGCGGCCAAACGUUUCUUGUUGCUGUGACGAUGAACAUUUAAAGACAUAAAGUGACUCUGAUGAGAAACGUUCUGGAGAUCUGCCCGUCUGAACUGAACUGAACUGAACUAAUUCUCCGUAACAUUUAUUUCUGACCCGACAAACAGUAUACGCUCUCCAAUCACAGUAUUUCUUUUAUUGUUUCUUUGUAACGUUGCACUUUAAACUUUGAGAUUAUUUUCUAACCCACAGUUCCAGAUGUGGCUGAUUUAUAAUAUAUGCAUAAUAUGGUUCUGUAUUUAUGUUUGACAUGCUUUAAUCUCAUUAUUUUGGUUUAUUUUAAUAUUUUUUUUGGAGGACGCGGACACAUGAAAACGAGACUAAUCUUAAAAUUAUGAGAUAAAAAUGUUCUGAUUGAAAUCUUUUCUGUUUUCUCAGAAAAUGGAGAUUAAUCUCGUUUCAUCACGUCUUGAAUCCUCUGUGGUUUUCUAACAGGAUGUUUUCGUGUCCUCGUGGUCCUCUUUUAUCCAAUCAGGGUACUCCACUGAUACCAAGCUGUCCAGUAAGAGGUGAGCAAUACGAGGAAAUCUUCUCCUGUGUACACGAUUGUUGUUCCUCGAUCUUCUUUUCCUGUGGAUGUUUUUUGUUUUCACGCUGAUGAAGUUUUGUCUUCCUUUGGCUCGCUGAACAAAAUGAUGCUCAAAUCUUCUUCACUUUCCUUCGACUGUUUCUCCUCGUCGUGCUCCUGCUGUCGUCUUAAUGCCUGUGUACGAAUACAAUCCUAGGGAGCCACAGGUGACCUUUGACCUCAGACAGGACAGACCUGUAGCUGUUGAACUGGCGCCAAGCUUGGCGUGACACAGGUGGAGCAAAUAGUUAGUCGUAGUUGUAGUAACAGGAAUGCUUAGAAACGCGAUGAGCUGCUGUGUGUCGUUGACCCGAUGAUCAACAUGUCUGCUUGCUUUGUCUCAGCUGUAGGUUUCUACAGGUUGUUUUUUUUUGUAUUUCCUUUUUAAUAAACAAACAUUUAAACAAA